AUGCAAAAGAUAAAGCAAAGCGUCAAGAGCAAUGGACAAGCAAAACAGAAGAGGAGAAGGAAGAUGGAGAGCAAGAAAAGGAACUGGGACUCCAAGUCCCCUGAGAAACAAGAGGCUGAAAGGGUGAAGCAACAGGCCAACGCCGCAAAGCAACGCGAAAAGGAGAAGAUAAAGUCACAAGCCGAAGGCUCAUAA